AUGAGCAGCGAUCAAAAGAAUGAGCGUAGAAGCUCCGUCAACCCAAGAAAUGGUUGCUACUCCUAUUUCUCAACAAGAGAUAUAGAUCAAAAUCAGAAGUCGACAAAGAGCAACUCGACUCUACUGACCGUCGACAGCAAGAGAGCCAGCUCUUGCUCACCCUCUCUGCUCACCCCGACUCCCGCAUCAUGGAGUUACCAAUGCCAAACCCCAUCACCGCCGGAUUCGCUGAAGGAAGCUCCAACAACAAGCAGUGCUAAAAUUUCUGCAGCAAACUCACCACCAAUAAUUAAACCAACUACCAAUACUGCGAGUUCGGUCCCAACGGCCGCACAACAAAAUAAAAUGGCAACUAAAACAGUUAGCCUCGAUAAGCAACAAGCGGUCCCGGCUAUACAGACCGGUAUGGACCGCUACAUCCAGAUUAAGCGCAAGCUUAGUCCACCCAACACGGUUAGCAAUAAACCAAAGAUCAAUCGAACCAACAAAAGCACCGAUCAAACGAGGAGCUCCAAUGAAAACCGAUUCUCCAUCUUAGCAGAGGCGGACAACAACCAACCAGAGUUGGGGCAGGAGACCCAAAGGAAACCUAAGCCCCCACCUAUUUACAUAAGGGAAAAAAGUUCAAGCGCCCUGGUCAACAAAAUUGUUGCGCUGAGAUAUAGAUCAAAAUCAGAAGUCGACAAAGAGCAACUCGACUCUACUGACCGUCGACAGCAAGAGAGCCAGCUCUUGCUCACCCUCUCUGCUCACCCCGACUCCCGCAUCAUGGAGUUACCAAUGCCAAACCCCAUCACCGCCGGAUUCGCUGAAGGAAGCUCCAACAACAAGCAGUGCUAA